AUCUUGACGUAUUUGGACAAGACCAAUUACAUAUACCCGAAGUCCAAAAUCUGAUAAAGAACGUAAUAUUACAAAAAGUGCCGUGAAUCUAAAUAAUUAGCUUCUAAAGUAGUGAAAUUUGUGUUGUUUACCUAUUACAUAACAAUUCUACAAUAUAGCCCCUUCAGCUUUAACCCAUAUUUCACAUCCGGCCCAAAACAAAAUACCUCACAGCCCACAUAAGGAGCCCAAUUGUCUUUUAAUUUCUGAAAAGAAGCCCAAAAACCAUUUCUCAUUGCUCUCCCGCCGCCGCACGCCGUCGUUCGAUUUUCGUAGCUCAAGUCAAUGGAACACGGUUCAUUUGAAGAUCAAUCGAAAGCAACGUUCUCGUUGACAGAUGAGGACCAUACACUAGCAAAUGCUGUCAGAUUCACUCUAAAUCAAGAUCCACGAGUAACAUUUUGUGGAUACAGCAUUCCACAUCCCUCUGAUGCACGAGUGAACGUAAGAGUUCAGACUACUGGAGAUCCAGCAAGGGAGUUAUUGAACGAUUCAUGUCAGGAUCUAAUGCUUAUCUGCGAGAAUGUAAGAGAAACAUUUGAAAAGGCUAUUUUAAAGUUUAAAACUGAAGGAGGUCUGAGCUCUAUGAAUAUCAAGAAAUAAUCAACAAGAUGUUCAUGUAAGCUUCUAGCCAAGUGAAAUUUUGUAACCUUACUCGCACAAAAGUUGCUUUUGUUAGAGCCAUUUCCUCCCCCCAUAGGCCAUAUAUAUGUUACAUCAGAUUGUUAGCUAUAAUGCUUAUUCUUUAGUUGUACACUGUCAUCUACCCAUUGGGUAAUCUCCAUGACGAUGGCAGUGCAAAUUUUGGCUAGUCAGUUCACAUAUAUAAAGAGUGUACCUUGGGUUGAGCAGAAAUAUUGAUCUGCAUGUAGGAUGAAUUACAAAUACAAUCCCAUGCAGAUUGUUGUAAGUUAUAACUCUAUGUUCUACUCUAUAUGGUAGUGAAUCGUUGGAUUUUUUAUCA